AUGGCUACCGCACCGAGCAGUCGCGGUCGCAACAUCUUUCCAUUCCUCGAGCUGCCCGCUGAAUUGAGGAACAGAGUGUACGACGAGGCCCUGUUCCACGAUGGCGCCAAUGGCUGCCUGGCUGCAGUUUCCUUACUACGGGUCUGUCGGCAAGUCUACAUAGAAGCGAAGGAGAUCAGGUUCGAGGAUAGCGAUUCCUCAAUGGAUGUCAAAACUCCGCAGACGCUGUGGUGGAGUCCAGAAAUGAUUGGCAAGCCCUUGCGCGAGAUGGGAUUGUUCCUCGGAACACCUGAGACAACCUUCACGCUCGGAAUCUCUGGUGACUUUGAGGGUUACCUACAUGGGUCAAGACGCCAAGGACAUUACGAUCGUUUUCCCUCAGUGGGUGACAUCUACGAUCUCCUUCCACAGAUCCUUCUGAGGUUCCAUCGGAUCAAUGUUUCGCUCGAGGUGAUCUGCGUUGACACUACAACGCACUUUCUCUACGCCCUCGCCUGCUUUCUCAAUACGACCGACGCCAAGACAGAAGAACUCUACAUCUGUGUCACUAAGGGCAACAAGUUCAGGGCUCGAAGCGACGAUCUCAUUCGCAUGUGGUAUUCUUUGGUCAAAAUGCCAGCAAGAUUGUGCAUAUAUAUAACCGGCGAUCUCGAAAAAGAUGAGGACGUUCACGGCCUGAGAUGGGUGGAGGCGUACGUCCGCGGGAAGUUUCUGCUUAACAACAAACCGAACCCAUCUCGCCUAGCUUCUACCACGUUCAACACCGUCAAGGAAUACAGGCGUAUCAGUCUGAUGGCACGCCCACUCCUCGACACUGCUAGUGAAGAGACGGUAGAUGGCGCACACACGAGCAGAAUCUCCUCUGAGCUGAGUUGGAAGCUAAGAAACAUCGAGCGCGAGAUUGAGAGUGAAGGGGUCUCCAGGAAUCUCCCGCAAUACCGCGACGCUGAGCAGCAGAACGACCUGGAGAUGUGCGAGGACUGGACAUUGGGCAGAGCCUCUGCGCAGGUUUAUGGGUGGCCGCAGGAACGGGAGUUGCAGCACGUCUAUCGCCAGAAGCUCAAAGUGGCUCACGGUGAAGUUGAUCAAUGGGAUAAAGGGCUGGAAUACGAAGAGCUGAGACAUCGACUAUAG